CCAAACUCACUCAGUGGAAUUCACUGCCCAGCUUUGUUUCCCAGGCAGUGUUCUGAGAUGGAGGGGCCACAGGAGGGUGCGAUGGAGCCUUUCCAAGUUGGGGACUCUCUACAGAUAGGGAGAUACUUCCUAGAAGUUAUGCUCCAUGAAUACCAACAAGGUGAGCUGGAGCUUGUCCCUGCCAGCAACUCAUCCUCCAGUACUGACAGCUCCUCCAGUACUGACAGCUCCUCCAGAAGUAGCAACCAUGAGCUGAACUUAGGCCCAAUGGUGAUUGAUAUGGGCACCAGGAGCUUCAGAGCAGGCUUUUCUGGACACUAUUCCCCCUGUGCUGAGGUAGGCACCCUGGUGAGCCGUCGCAUGAGCUCAGAAGAAGGCAGGGCUAGUACGAUUAUUGGGAAGAAAGCACUGCUGUACUCUGACGCUGAAACCAUAGAGGUGAUGCACGAUGGCUUUGUCAUCAACUGGGAAGCAGCUGGAAGCCUGUGCAAAUAUCUCCUUGAACACAAGCUCCAGGUGAACCCAAAUGAACAUGCACUGCUCCUCACAGAGCCACUGUUCAGCCCCAUCGCCGGCCGGGAGAAAAUGGCAGAGAUGGCCUUUGAGAUGCUGGGCACCCCGGGUCUCUUUGUGGCCUCUCAGCCAGUCCUCUCUGCUUACGCAUAUGGCAAGAUCAAUGCUUUAGUGCUGGAUAUGGGCCAUGAAGCCACCCGUGUUGUGCCAGUGCUGGAGGGCAAGAGCAUGGCACGCAGCUCCAAGCUGACAGACAUAGCAGGACGAUGCCUUACGUGGUACCUUUCAACUCUUCUGAACGACGCAGGGCAUGUGCUCAGUGAUGGGAUGAGCCACAUGGUGGAGAUCAUCAAGCGUGCAUGCUAUGUUGCUGCUGACUUCCAAAGCGAGUGCCUCCUCCCACCCAGCUCCCACACCGUGGAUAUUUCCCUGCCCGAUGGGAUGAAACUUACCCUCGGCAAGGAGCGCUUCCAGUGUCCAGAGGUGCUCUUCAACCCUCCAUCCAGCUGGGGAGAAUCCUUCGUGAGCAUCCAGGAGACAGUGCGGAAGUGCCUCAUGCAUCUCCCAAAGGACAUCAUACCCACCAUGUCUGCCAACAUCCUCCUGUGUGGUGGCUCCUCACUCUUCAAGGGGAUAGACCAGAGGUUGUGCCAUGAGCUCCUGGACCACCUUCCACCCGGCCUGAUGGUGCAGGUGGGGAGCCUGGAUCUGAAGCGGCAUGCAGCAUGGACAGGGGGAUCCAUCCUCGCUUCACUCCACAACUUCCAGUCAUGCUGGAUCCGCCGAGAUGAGUACCAUGAGUCAGGGUCAUGCAUUGUCCACCAGAAAUGCUUCUGAAGCCAGUAAGAAACACUGGUGCAGUUUUAUUGUAGCUACAGACCAAGCAGUUGAAAGCAAUAAUAAAUAAUUUUGUACCACCUGA